UCGUUCCUCUGCACAUUUCGAUGUGAUGGAGACGGGGUACGACUUCAUUCUCGGCACUCCGUGGUCUCGUCGGUUCCGCAGCACCGAGGCCGAUUGGGCGACCAACACUCUCGUUCUCAAAACGAAGUGUGGACAGACGUAUCACGUACCUUUCAUAGGUACCACUGCGACACCACGCCCCGAUCCUCCUCCCCCGGAGCCUUCCGUGCCCAUACCAUCUCCUUCCAUCACUGUCACCUCGCCUCGGCAGUUCGCCCACUUCAUCCGACAGGAUGACGUCACCUUCUUUAUGGUGGACGUGACGGAUCUCUUACACUAUGAUCCACCCUGUCCCGACGUCGAGCUCCUCCCUCUGGAGUCAGAUCCUCCUUCUAUCUCCAUGGCUCCCAUCUCUACUUCCGUCCCUCCACCGUCCGUCGAGUCCACCCCGCCGUCGCGCGCUGACGCUGACGUUGAGGAACUCGCACGAUAUACGGCUGACCUGGAGCCCGCAAUUCGUGACCUCAUCCGAGAGUACCACGACGUUUUCCCAUCGUCGUUCUCGUACGCCGGCAUCCCACCGAUGCGUGACGUCGAGCACUCCAUUCAGCUUGUGCCUGACUAUCGUCUACGUGUCCGCGCAGUAGCAGAGUUCCAUGACCAGGCGGACGCCGGUCAUAUGGGCUUCCACAAGACGUUGGCUCGUGUGAGCCGCCUGUACGUCUGGCCGAAGCGCAAGGACUUUGUGAAGGACUACGUCGCAGAUUGUCCCACCUGUCAGGAGGUGAACAGUGCGAACCACUUGCCUUAUGGUUUGCUCCAGCCUCUUCCUAUCCUUGAGGGUCGUUGGCAGUCCAUCUCGAUGGACUUUAUCGGUCCUCUUCGUCCUCUGACCCCUCGCGGUCAUGAUGCUAUCCUGGUCGUCGUUGACCGCUUCACGAAGCAUGCACGCUUUGUUCCGUGCCGCUAUGCCAUCAGUGCACGUGAGGUCGCCGACAUCGUGUUUGACCGAGUCGUGCGUGACCACGGCUUACCUCUGAGCAUCAUAUCUGACCGUGACCCGCGCUUUACAAGCCGAUUCUGGCGACGGCUCCACGAGGUGUACGGCACUCAGCUCCGCUUCUCCUCGUCUUACCAUCCUCAGACUGAUGGUCAGACCGAGAUCACGAACAGGACUCUCGGAGAUAUUCUCCGAAAGAUUGUUCGUGACGACCAGCAGUGGGAUCUCCAUCUUGCCCACGUGGAGAUAGCCUACAACCACGCCGUCUCGCCAGCCACGGGGAUGUCGCCUUACUAUUGCGACCUUGGCUAUCACCCUCGUGUUCCCGCGGACUUCCUUCGACCGUCCCAGCUGCACCCCGACACGAGUUGUCCCGCGCUGGAUGAUUGGGUUGCACACAUGACGUCGAUAAUGAAGACCGCACAUGAGCACAUAGCCGCUUCCCAGACUCGCAUGGCAGCACGUACAAACCGAUCGAGAAUGGAUCAUUCAUUCAAAGUCGGUGAUGAUGUGCUUAUUGACGCCCGCCACUUACAGCUCGAAGCGGACACGCUUCGCAAGUUUCGGCGUCGCUUCUUUGGCCCAUGCCGCAUCCUCCAGGCCGACGGUUCUGAUACGGCAUCUAGCCCGGUCAACUUUCGUGUGAAGCUGCCCGACUACCUACGCCAGGCUCGUGUGCACGAUGUCUACCACGUCUCAUCUCAGACUGCACCAGCUGAAUGGACCUCCGAUAUCUAUGGUCUAUGCCUGAAAGAAGGCAGACCUCAGAAUGGACCCAGCUGGAUUGGACCUGAUGCCACGCUUGGCAGAUCUUAGACUGGACCUGGUGUUACUUGAAUUGUUGGCAGGCGUCAGAGUGGAACGGCUGGAUUGGACCUGGUCUCCCUCCGCGCACUCCUUUAUGUUGGGAUCACUUUUCCCUGCUUGCUCACAAACACAAGAAAUCCAAGAUCAAUCCAUUAGGAAUCGAACCUAUGACCUAGGAACCGCUGUGUUAUGGCAUGAGGCAAGGGAAUUUUUAUAUUUUCCAGCUCAAAAAAAAAAAAAAAAAAAAAAAAAAAAAAAGAGGAAUUGAACCUAUGAACCUCCUCCACCAAAGAGGUAGACCACUUAAUCAAUAGGUCAAGUGAUC